AUGUCUGCCCCACACCUUGGCGCUCCCGUCCCCGACAUGCCGCCCGCCCCACCCGCCGCACCUCGAGGCUCACGCACCUACGUCCGAGGCGACCUCCUCGCCCUCGCCCGCUCGUCUCUGCCGCGCACCAUCGAGCCCCCUUCCUCCCUCAACCAAAUCCCCGAGCUGCUCCGCAUGAAGCGUCACGGGUCCGAUGCCUCAUGGGGCGAAGACGAAAGCACCAGCGAUCUCCUCACGGACGAUGCGCCCUCUAUCGCGCGGGCCCUUCUCGCCCCUGACAUCCCGGCCCCGACGGAGCACUUCCGAAUCGUCCCCUCCUCGGACUCCAUCAGCGCGAGUGACCUCCUCUUUGACUACUCUUCCCUCCAUGAAGCCGAUGCGAAACCGCCUGUCCUCAUCGACUUUGCGGACCCCUUCGGUGGUAACGGAGCCAACGGUGGCCGACGCGCAAGUAACGCCUUCCAGUCGUUCCCGCCGCUCGUCCGAUCCGACUCGGCAGGGAGCGACUCGUCCACUCGCGCCAUCCGCCUCGGCGAAAGUUUCUCGACUUUACGUCUGUCGACAUCGGGGUCCAGCUCAUCCCUUUCGUCCUCAUUCUCAUGCUCGCCCGUCCUGCGCAAGGCGUCGCUGAACCCUUAUGCUGCUCCGUUCCCUCUCCCGGCCACUACGCCCAACCUCACACUCUCAAAGAAACCCGUCCAGGCCGAGUCGGGCAGUACGGGCAUCCCGUCCCUGCCUCUCCCGCUCGCUCGGGCGCUCCCCGGCCUCAGCUCCCUUCCGGCCAAACCCGGUCCUCCUCCUCCUUUCUUCGUCAAGAAAGAGGCGGCGACCCUGCCCCAGCCGAUGGCUCUGCCCGAUAUCAAGCCGAUGGGCUCCGACUGGCUCGCCGAAGAAGCGAUGUCGGGGAAUGAGCGUCGCCGACGCGCGAGCCAGAUGGGACUGGGCGAUCAGCUUCCUCUGCGCGCGACGGGGAGUCUGAGCGUUCCAAAGUCCAUUCCGAGUGCACUGGGGGCGGAUCCGAGGUUCGGAAGUCAGAGCAUGGGUGAGAAGCGCCCAGAGAGGCUUGUCAAGCUCGGUCAGAGCUUGAGGCAGAGUAUCGCCAAUAAGGGCCAGCGAGCUUAG